CGCCGACCUUCCACAGUUUGUUUAUUUCCUAAACGCCAACGCCGUGAUUCCCCUCACCGUCUUCCAUUCUAGUCGAGUUACCGCUCGCGAACUAAGUUUAAGCCCCGUUCCACUUCCCAUUAAAACCCUUCCCCUUCGAUCCCUACGUUUUUCCUUUCCCGGAAAGGGUAGCAGUCCCUUGGUGCUCGGAGAUUUUUUCGUCGAGGUAGCCGAAGGAUUCCCAAGGAGAGAGAACGACGGCCGGAUCUUGGGCCUGAUGAGGGUGCGCCAAUUAUUGCCGUCCGCACGUGGUACGAUCGAUUUUGGUGCUCAAAGUCGGAUCUGUUGGACUUUGUUUUGGCUAUGAUUAUCUACUGACCACCAGGAGAGCCAUCAGUGAGAAAGUCAAAAAGAUGGCCAACAAUGGAGAUGAACAGCAAAGUGAGGACUAUCUUUUCAAAAUUGUUAUGAUUGGCGAUUCAGCUGUGGGGAAGUCAAAUUUGCUCGCAAGGUUUGCACGGAAUGAAUUCUAUCAAAAUUCCAAAUCCACCAUUGGUGUUGAAUUCCAGACUCAGAAGAUGCUCAUUGAUGGAAAGGAAAUUAAAGCUCAGAUUUGGGAUACUGCUGGUCAGGAACGCUUCAAGGCUGUUACAUCUGCAUAUUACAGAGGUGCAGUAGGAGCACUUCUUGUUUAUGAUAUCAGCAGGCGUCGGACAUUCGAGAGUAUCAGUCGAUGGUUGAAUGAACUACAUGCACAUUCUGACAUGAAUGUCGUGAUCAUCUUGGUUGGGAACAAAACUGAUCUCAAGGACGCAAGGGAAGUCGACACAGCGGAAGGCAAGGCCAUAGCUGAAACUCAAGGUCUCUUCUUCAUUGAAACUUCUGCGCUCGACUCCUCCAAUGUUGCAGCAGCCUUCGAGACCGUGGUGAAAGAGAUCUACCACAUUUUAAGUAGGAAAGUAUUUCAAUCUCAAGCGCAGAAGCACGAGGCAGUGGCGGUGUUAGGCAGCGGGAAGUCUGUGGUUUUACAGGGAGAUGGAAGCGAUACAAAUGAUGGAGCCCGGGGAUUUCCAUGCUGCUCUUGAAAUGAACUGUAUAAGCUUCUUCUGAGUUUCGUUUUUCCAGAACUACUUCAGAUUCACUUCAUUUCAUUUAUCUUCAAUGUAAAGGGGUAUACGUGCCGAUGUUCUUUUCGUUUUGGUAUAAUGGUGGAAUGGUGAUUUGCCCAUGGAUGAGAUUGAAUACCAGCAUUCAAAAUUCUACUGAAAUAGAUCAAGAAGUUGCCAUGGA